AUGAAGUCAGCAUUGUUCCUCUGUCUAUUUUUUGCAGCUCACUCUCAUGCAGAGACCAUACCAUUCACUUCACUUCUAAACAUUGAGGAAGAGCUUGCCAACAUCUCCACUACCUGCUUAUCCCAUCGAGAUCACGAGGAAAUAACUGGCAACACACUUCGCUAUUAUUUUGCAGAGAUUUUCAACUCAAUCUUGAUAAAUAAUGCACAAUUGCUUAUUGGUAUGAUAGAAAUGCGUGCGGCGCUGGGAAUGCCACCACGUGGACCAUGGAAACGGAAGAGGAUUCUGAGUGAAGAAGAUAUUCUGGCGGCGCCGACGAUCGAAGAAUACUAUGAGAGACGGGAGGAGAGUAUGAAUUCUCUGAAUCUCGAUAGCCGGUUCUUCUUGGAGAAAAACUUCCCACCGGUUAUCGCGUUUUUGGAUAAAAGAUUCCCUACGAUUCGAGGAAUCUAUCGACAGGAAUUCCGGAAUGCAAAGAAGGUAGUGGAUAGAGAAGAGGUGGAUUCAAUGGUUCACAAGUUUCGCCAGAUGGCAAGUCGUAUGGAUGAGGCAGUAGACAAUAUGAGAAGAGAAUCUUUGAUUUGCUAUCUUGCAAAUAAGGAUAAGCUAGAGAAUUAG